UCAUAGUUUGCCUAUUCUUACCUUAUAUGUACCCACCAAUAGGUACAGCAUUUCAGAGCCACAUCAUUGCAUUAUAAUCAUUUGCUUGUGAUUUGUGAAGUGCCAGCAUCUCAAACCAUUGAAAGACACAGAGAGAGAGGAGGCAUAUAUCAAAGAUGAAACCAAAGUUUUCCUUGUUGUCCAAGCUUUUGAUACUGCAGUACCUUUCAGUUCUGUGUUAUUCUCAGGAGUUCGAUUUCUUCUACUUUGUUCAGCAGUGGCCAGGAGCAUACUGUGACACGAAGCAUAGCUGCUGUUACCCGAAGACAGGAAGACCUUCAGCAGAUUUCGGCAUUCAUGGACUCUGGCCUAAUUACAAUGAUGGCUCGUAUCCCUCAAACUGUGAUCCUGACAGUGUCUUUGAUAAAUCUCAGGUUUCAGAUCUCAUUAGCAACAUGGAAAAGAAUUGGCCGUCCCUAAGCUGCCCAAGUAGCAAUGGCCUGAGGUUCUGGUCCCACGAAUGGGAGAAACAUGGCACCUGUGCAGAAUCUGAGCUUGAUCAGCGUGAGUACUUUGAAACAGCUCUCAAUUUGAAGCAGAAAGUGAACCUCUUGAGCAUCCUCAAGAAUGCAGAUAUUGAACCAGAUGAUGGGUUUUACAGCUUAAAUAGUAUCACAGAGGCUAUAAAAGAGGGUGUUGGGUUUACCCCAGGGAUUGAAUGCAACAAGGAUUCAGCCAAUAACAGCCAACUUUACCAAGUUUACUUGUGUGUUGACACCUCUGGUGUAAAUCUCAUUGAGUGUCCUAUACUUCCAAGUAGCAAAUGUGGUUCUGAAAUCCAAUUCCCCAAGUUUUAAGAGCAUGUAGUAGACAUAUUUUAAUUUGUUGUUUACUAGUCAUUACUUUCAAAUUACACAGUAAUUAUGUCGUCACCUUCCUUUCUAUGUGCCUUCAUUCUUCUGAAAAUAAAAGUC